AUGGCUGACGAAUUUUCCCUCUUUACGUCUCUUCGGUACGACCCUGUUUUAUUAGAGGCUGCUUCCAAGGGUAUCGAUUACGCAGGAUGGAACACCGCCAAUGAGUCGCCCUUUUACAUGCUCGACUAUCACCGCGAUCGCAUGCUGCGGGCAGCAACCCAUUGGCAGUGGGACAAGGCUGUCCAACUUCUCUCGGGCCAGAAGGGCUUGGAGACGUUGGUCAAGUCAGCCGAGAAAUUCAUCGGUUCAUCCCAAAAGACUCCGCUCCGCUUCAAGGUUGUCGUCAGCCGCGAAGGCAUUAUGAGUUUCGAAAAGAACAACACCGCUCCGGUUGGCAUUGAAAAUCUACUUCCUCUGCGACUGCCUUCUCCUGACUCUCCGUCCACUCCUCAGGAGCCCAAGAAAGCUCCUUGCUGGGCAAUAGUGCUCGAUGGUGCUCAAACUGCAUCGUCAGAGUACACGCAUUUCAAGACGACAAAGAGGGAGAUGUACGAUUCUUCCCGCCAGAGGCUUGCCAUUGCUCUGACAGAUGAGCGGGAGGUCCUAUUAAUUAACAAGGAUGACGGAUCCAUCAUGGAGGGAAGUUUAACGACGCCAUACUUCUGGCGAGAUGGACAAUGGGUCACUCCCCCUGUUUCUGCGGCCUACAGCUUGGGAGCUGGAAGUGGUGGCCAAGACGGCACCUCAAGACGCUGGGCCUUGGAAAGGGGGCUGGCCAUCGAGCAACCUGUGCCUGCAAGCUCCUUGGUUGAUGGCGAAGAGUGCUGGAUUAGCAAUGGUGUUAGGGGAUUCAUCGCAGGCGUUGUUCGUCUUAAACAGUAG